CAGCUGGUUAAUUUCUAUUGAUUUGAACAAUCGACAGACAAAAGUCUGCUUAUAUUAAAUCAGGACAGAAAGAAUAAACUCUAGGAUUAUUAAGAUGGAUGCAUUUCAGAAAAUGUUUCCUGAGGACAGUAAAAAUUACCCCUGGGAUGAGAAAGCUCUUGAAGAUUUUAAAAAAGUAAUAAUUCAACAUAAAAUCAAAUGCAAAAUGGACGACAUUUUUCUUCUUGGAUUUCUUCGUGGGAUGGAAUUUAAUGUUGAAAGUUCACUUCAAUUGCUUAGGAAUUAUUAUUCUACAAGACUAGAAUAUCCGGCAUAUUUUAAAAAUCUACUUCCAUCAAAGUUAGAAAAAGCUUUAUCUUCAAAUUGUAUGAGAGUUUUACCUCAGCCUGAUCAAAAUGGACGCUUUAUUUGUAUAGGACAAUUGGAAUAUUGGGAUCCUUCAGAAGUACCUUUGAUAGAUGUUUACCGCCUAACGUUCCUCUUAGCAGAUUUAUUCUUUACUUUACACCAAUGUCAAGAGAAUGGAAUAGUUUUAAUUUUAGACAGUAAAAAUUCCACUUUUAAGCAAUUAAUGGAAUACACACCACGAUUUAUACACAACUUAGUAAGCUUAAUAAGUAAUGAUUGCAAUCAAGUAUUUAUCAAAGAAAUGCAUUACGUCAAUUUGAACGUCAUUGUCAAAGGAUUAUUGAAAUUUUCUCUGUCACUUUUUCCUGCAAAACUACGAAAUAAAAUAUUUCCACAUAGUGACAUGACGUCUUUACAUGAAUUCAUUCAUCCAGAAUAUCUUCCUAUUGAAUAUGGAGGUGAAUUACCAGAUUUUGAUUCGAGUGAAUUAUUUGAAGUAGUAAGACAAAACGAAGAAUUUUUUGUAAGAAACGAAGAAUUUCUCAAGAUCUACAAUGAAACGGUUCAAUAAAUAUUUUUUUCGAAAAUUCAAAUAUUUUCUUCUGGUUAAUAUAAACUGUUAGCAAAUACGAAAAUUUAUUUACUUUUGAUACAAGAAUUAUAUAAAACAUUCCAAAGAAAAUCAGUGUUUGAAGUUAUACACUUUUAAAUCAUAGUCUUUCGUGUCUUCAAUACUUAUUUAAAUAAUAUAGAAUUCGAAAAAAAUAUUGUAUGACGUAUUGAAUGAAUUAAAAAGUGUUGAAUAUUUGUGGAAUUUCCAAUAAAAUGAAAAUGUUUAGAGGAUAUUUUUAAUGUAAUCAACAAAUAUUAAUUAAUUAUACAUUUAAUUGUUACCAAUUAUAAUCAAA